AAACUCUGAAAGAAAACGCAAGAAAGACAAAUGGAAUCUUAUCCCAUUGAAUCGUGUAAACAAUGCCUGAAGAAAUUAAAAGAAACCCUUCAACAAGCCAAGCUUUAUAAAUAGGAGAAAAAUCAAAUCUUUCAAACUGCAGAUUUCCAUUUUCAAUACAAUAACCAUUUUUCUCCUCAUCAAUAACCCAUUUAUUUCCCCUCAUUGAACACAAGAAUGGAAGAGAACAACCAUAAAAACAACCACCAAUCCUGCAAAACCAGGCUGUUACCCAAACGUAUAAUCCUAGUCCGACAUGGUGAGUCCGAAGGCAAUUUAGACACCUCGGCCUACUCCACAACCCCCGACUACAAGAUCUCCUUGACCGAAGGAGGCCGUGCCCAAGCCCGCUUGGCUGGUUCCCACCUUCGGGACCUUGUUUCCAGCCAUGGGCCUUGCCCCGAUUGGCGGGUCUACUUCUAUGUCUCUCCCUACGAGCGCACCCGAUCCACGUUACGGGAGAUCGGGAAAUCGUUUUCAAAGAAAAGGGUGAUUGGCGUAAGGGAAGAGUGUAGGAUUAGAGAACAGGACUUUGGGAAUUUCCAGGUUGAGGAAAGGAUGAAAAUUAUCAAGGAGACGAGGGAAAGGUUUGGGAGGUUUUUUUAUAGGUUCCCUGAAGGUGAAUCCGCCGCUGAUGUUUUUGAUCGUGUUUCAAGUUUUCUUGAAUCUCUCUGGAGAGACAUAGACUUGAAUAGGCUUCAUAGCGAUUCUUCUCAGGACUUGAAUCUCAUAAUAAUCUCACACGGUCUAGCCUCACGGGUGUUCCUAAUGAAGUGGUUCAAAUGGACGGUUGAACAAUUCGAGCGCUUAAAUAAUCUUGGGAAUUGUGAGAUUCGAGUUAUGGAGUUGGGACAUGGCGGUGAAUAUAGCUUAGCAAUAAAUCAUUCGGAUGAAGAAUUGCUGGAAUGGGGACUCUCUCCGGAAAUGAUAAAAGACCAGAAAUGGCGAAUUGAUGGCAACAAAGCUGACUGGAAUGAUCAUUGUACUUGGUAUCUUAGGUCAUUUUUUGACUAUGAAUCAGACUCAGAAGAUGAUGUUGAAAGAAGUUGAUAUUCAUUCGCCAAAAAAAUUGGUCUAGAAAGUGAUUCUUAGGGUGCAAAAGUUGUGCCAUAUGAUACCCUCAUUGGAAAGUUCAUUUAUGUAGAUGGAUGUAACAAAUGCCCUUUGUUUAUUUGUUUUUAAUUCAUUUAUAAUAAUAAAAUAAGUAUUUAACCAGCAA